CCCACAUCAUCGGCCAAGCAGCGGACGACGCCUUUGAUGCGCCUCGACGAUCACGCGCUUCAUUUUGCGCCUCGUCUUUCCGCCUCCCACUCGCAUCUCCGCCCCUUCUGGAUAGCUGGCCAAACCCAAGCUCCCCUUUCGAGCAUCGAGCAACCGACCUGUUCUGACGCCUCCCUCUGCCGCCUUGCAGGCCCAGGGCCGUCAGCCGCAUGACGACGUUGCACUGCUGAAACUCGAGCAUGGCGUACAACCGCGGCGGCUACAACCCCGACGCUCUCCCGGCACACGCCGAGCCAGACCAAGCGGCGCAAAUGAUGAAUCCCCCACCGCGACAAAGCUCCUCCUCCUCCUCUUACAACAAGCCUCAGCCUCCGCCGCCGCAGCAGGGCGGCUACGGGAGACCACCGCCGAACCAAGGCUACGGCCAAGGAGGAUACCCACCUCAACAACAGCAAGGCGGUUAUCAAAGUCAAGGCGGGUACAACGACUACAACCAAGGCCAGCGGUACGGCCAGUCACAACCACAACAAGGAUACAACCAAGGCGCCCCUCCACCCCGCCGAGAUGCCUAUGGCUCACCCCCACCGCCAGCCUCCUACGGCCAAGGCGGUCCACCACCCCCCAACUUCCACAAUCGCCCGCCCCUCCCCGACCAACAGCGCCCACCCACCACCGCACCCCCUCGCGACGCCAACGACCGCGACUCCCUCUGGCCCCUCUUCCUACAAGUCGACAAGGGCCGCACAGGCCAGCUGUCAGAAGAAGAGCUGCGCCGUGCCCUCGUCAACGGCGACUACACCGCCUUCGACCCGCACACGGUCAAGAUGAUGAUCCGCAUGUUCGACACCGACCGCUCCGGCACCAUCAACUUCGACGAGUUCUGCGGCCUUUGGGGCUUCCUCGCCGCGUGGAGGGGGCUGUUUGACCGCUUUGACGUCGACAAGAGUGGCAGCAUUAGUCUGCGCGAGUUUGAGGAUGCGCUGGUGGCGUUUGGAUAUCGCUUGAGCCCGCAGUUUGUGCAGCUGCUGUUUGGCACGUAUGCGCGGACUCAUUCGCGCGGACGAGGCGACGACGGCGAGCGGGAGCGGGUAUUGUCGUUUGACCUGUUCGUGCAGGCUUGCAUUUCCCUGAAGCGGAUGACGGAUGUGUUUAAAAAGUACGACACGGAUCGCGACGGGUAUAUCACAUUGAGCUUCGAGGAAUUCCUCACAGGUGCGCAAGGCCUCUUUCUCUUCAACUCCAUCAGCCCGGCCACCGAUACUGGACUUUACUGACGCUUUACGCUCAUUCAAGAAAUCCUCAAGCAACGAUGAGCAUGCCGGGGGUUUGCGUCGAGGCCUUGUUCGUUGGAGUAUCGGCUUUGGCGCACGAUGAUGAGACUAAUGAGCAUCCUGAACGCGAGAGGUGUAACUUGCAACGAGGCUCACAUGGCAUGAGAGCGAUCGCAUGCAAGCUCGCGGACGAGACGAUUGGCGGGCGUGGAAGAUCUUCGGUGACCACUUCCAACUUACCUCGACAAGAAAUGCUGCGAGGUGUUGAGUCGCUAGGACGGCGGACUGGCAGUGAUGAUGCGCAUGGACGCCAAUGGCAGGGAAUCAAAUGUAUUAC